UUUUUAACAUCUCCUUUAUUCGUGAUCAUGGAGUUUGCAACGACGACAAAAUAUCAGAACCACAAUAAAAGUGAAAAUCGGGAUUAUAACUCGUUAAAUAGUGUUUAUAAUUUGUUAAAUUAAAAAUAAUGCACUGCAUUCGAUGAUAAGCUUCCUUCGCUUAAAGUUUCAUUUAGAUUGGCCGUAGACAAGUGUUUCCCGAUAAGUCCUACGGAUUGUUUAAUCGCUGACUUGGUCUCUGGUAUUAUCGAUUUAAUUUUGUAGUUAUGGCUUCCUCCUAUUCAUAUCCUGAAUUAUUUUUGGCGGGUUUCAUAUUUAUUUUGCCAUUUUUAUACGAAAAAAGUAAUGUGUUUCGAUAUUACUUGAAGUUUUUUCUGUAUUAUGCGUAUGUUUUAAUAACAUGUACAGUUUUGUUACCAGUGGUACUUGUAUAUCCACGCGAUGUUACAAAUUUAAUGUACGCAAUUGAUUAUUUUCAUAAUGUUGCAUCCAGAUUUUGUCGAUAUGCAUCACAUAUAGUUGGAAUUGAAUGGGAGCUACGCGGAAUGGAGCAUUGGAAUAAUGACGAAUGUUACAUAGUAAUUUCAAAUCAUCAAAGCUCUCUAGAUAUAUUAGGUAUGUUUGAGAUGUGGCCAGUAAUGAAAAGAUGUACUGUGGUAGCAAAGCGACCAUUAAUGUUCACUGGUGCAUUUGGUUUUGGUGCAUGGCUAUCUGGACUUGUGUUUAUUGAUCGACUUAAAACCGAUAGAGCCCGAAAAUUGAUGAAAGAAGCUACAGAAAGAGUCAUUAAACAGAAGACAAAAUUGUGGAUAUUUCCAGAAGGAGCCCGAUAUAACAAAGGCAGUAUACAGAGCUUCAAAAAGGGAGCAUUUUAUUUAGCUAUUGAUGCUCAAAUUCCAAUAAUGCCCGUGGUUUUCAGUCAAUAUUAUUUUUUGGAUAGCGAAACCAAAACAUUUGAGCCAGGAAAAGUCGUAAUCACAACAUUGCCACCCAUAUCUACGAAAGGAAUGACUCGUAACGACUUGGACGCAUUAUCGGAAAUGGCUCGUCAACAAAUGUUAGAUGUGUUUCAUGAAGCUUCCAAAGAUCUCGUCAUGCAAAUCAAAAUUGCUGUUUAGGUGCAACGUUGCCACUUGCUCACUCGUCAUGCCAGUCGCUGUUAAAACAUAAGAUAUUAAACGAAUCUAGGCACCGAACUCUUCGUUACCACAGACAAAACAUGAGGUGGCUUUUAUUUCUUGUUUGCAAAGUUGAAAUACUGGAGAAAAGAACACGAAUAAGGACGAAUAUUAUUAGCUUAUGUUAAUUUUUCGUGAAAGAAAUAAUGAAAAACUGAGUAAAUAACAAACUGUGUUUUUGUGCUGUGUCACCUUGAUUUCUUCCCGAACAGGUGCACGAAUAUUCGAACAAUCAUUACCUACAUCUUAAACCUAUGACCAACACCUCGGCAAACCGAGUCUGUCUCCAAGCAUCAGCAUGUAAUAUUAUUUCAUGCUCCCAAUCAGUGUCCGCGAGGACCACAAUGCUAAAGGCUCACAAGAUGUCUAAUAUGAUAGACGGCAAUCAAAAACCAUUAUCGUGCUAUGUUCAUUUCUAAAUAAGCUUUGACACAUAAGUUCUAUACUUACGUUGUUUAUCAUACUGUCAAUGAUGGGUAUCAUUUUUUUUCUUGCAGUAAAAAGAGUAGACGGACAAAAAUAUCUGACAGAUAUUGUCUAAUUGUUGUAUAAGCCUGGCUACCAAGAGAAUUUAUUCACUACGUUUAGCAAUAAUAAUCUACAUUGAAUACAAUUAAUAUUUUGUUGAACAAUAAAAAAUAAGAAUUAUUAA